AUGGGCUCAAGUUCCGGAAUAGGACUCUAACCCACAACCAAUUAUAUUGGUUUAAACUUGGAUAGUUUAUAAAACUUAAUUUGGUAAGUGAGUAAACUUAUCUAUUAGAUAUUUAUUUAUUGGUUAAUAUAAAUUGUUAAAUUAUGGGUUAUCUUAAAAUUAUAAAUUUUGUUUGCCGAGCUAAUAGUAUUUGUAUAAACCCAUAAUUUUUUAAAUAACGAAAAUAUAUAUAAAGAAUUAUAUGAAAAAAAAAAUAACAUUACGAAAGUAAUCACUCGGCCUUUUGGCUAGGUUAAAUUCCAAGUUUAAACCAAUAUAAUUGGUUGUGGGUUAGAGUCCUAUUCCGGAACUUGA